AUGUAUUCAAGCAUAAAAUCAACAAUAGAGAGGUACAAGAAGGUCUCUACAGAUAAUUCAACCAUAACCUCUGUUGCUGAGGCAAAUGCUCAAUACUAUCAACAAGAAGCUACAAAGUUGCGCCAGCAGAUACAGAUCCUGACUAAUGCAAACAGACACUUGAUGGGUGAUUCGCUCAGUUCUCUAACUGUCAAGGAGCUGAAGCAGCUAGAGAACCGACUUGAACGAGGCAUGACGCGCAUUAGAUCCAAGAAGCAUGAGCUAUUGUUCUCCGAAAUCGAAUUCAUGCAGAAAAGGGAAAUGGAACUCCAGAAUGAAAAUAUGUACCUGCGAACUAAGAUAGCUGAAAAUGAGCGUGCACAGCAAGCAAAUCUGGUGACCGGGCAAGAGUUCGAGCCAAUCCAGUCAUAUGAUUCACGGAACUACUAUCAAGUGAAUAUGUUGGAGGGAGGACCAGCCUACUCUCAUCCUGAUCAGAGUCAGACAGCUCUCAAUCUUGGGGUAAUUGAGUGACGUAACAUGUCUUCAAAUGGAUCUAUGUUGUGAUUGGAUGUGAAGCUGUCUGCUUCUAGUUAUUCAAUUAUUCACUCUGGCACUGUUGCAGAAACAUAUUAAGUGAGAAAAAAACCAUUAGUAUUUACAGAAUAAGUAUGUACCUUAGAACUCCUAACAUGGAUAAUAUCCUUUUUCAUUUAUCGUUAAGAUAUAAAUAAGAAAAAGUAAUCCAAUGCA